GCCUCCGGGAGAGGAGCCGCGCCCGGCCCCUGCCCGGCCCCCGGCCCCAUGGACCUCCGAGCAGGGGACUCGUGGGGGAUGCUGGCUUGUCUGUGCACCGUGCUCUGGCACCUUCCUGCAGUUCCAGCCCUCAACCGAACAGGGGAUCCAGGGCCUGGCCCCUCCAUCCAGAAAACCUAUGACCUCACUCGAUACCUGGAACACCAACUGCGCAGCCUGGCUGGGACCUAUCUGAACUACCUGGGCCCCCCUUUCAACGAGCCUGACUUCAACCCACCCAGGCUGAGCACUGAGGCCCUGCCCAGUGCCACGGUGGACUUUGACGUGUGGCGGAGUCUCAACGACCACCUGCGGCUGGCUCAGAACUACCAGGCCUACAGCCACCUGCUCUGCUAUCUGAGGGGCCUGGACCGCCACGCGGCCACAGCCGAGCUACGCCGAAGCCUGGCCCACUUCUGCACCAGCCUGCAGGGCCUGCUGGGCAGCAUCGCUGGGGUCAUGGCUGCCCUGGGUUACCCGCUGCCCCCACAAGGGGCCGAACCUGCCUGGGCCCCCAGCCCUUCCCACAGUGACUUCCUCCAGAAGAUGGAUGACUUCUGGCUGCUGAAGGAGCUGCAGACCUGGCUCUGGCGCUCGGCCAAAGACUUCAACUGGCUCAAGAAAAAGAUGCACUCCUCAGCUUCGGCGGUCACUCUGCGCCUGGAGGCCCCUGCUUCUGACCUCUGACCUCUGACCACCCUUCUCUGCCUUUGCAAUGAGCUUCCUGCCAUCCUAGGAGGGACCACCCAGGGGCUCCCCCUGUUCUCACAGAGAGUGAUGCAAUAAAGCCCCCCUCAGGGAGCCCAGGGCCAGGCAGGGGAGUGUAUGGUCCUCAGUCUCUGGGCUCCCCACCUUCCCAACCUGGCUGCCAGGAAGUGGCAGUCAGACAAGGAAAGGUGGAGCUCACUGCAGGAAGUGCCUUGCGGGGUGAAGCCUCUUGGCUGGCCCUACUCCCCUAUCUCCUCACUUUAAGCCACCCCACCCUUCCAAUUCGGUGGGGGGGUGGGGGGGUAGGGGAAUGUGGUGAUCCGGAGACCAAAGCAGGAAGAGGCAGGAAUUCAUAAAAAGAAUCAGUGGGACAAGGCAGGCCCCUGGGGAUACCGUCUCACCAAAAGCCAAGGUGAUGCCAAACACAUCGAGCGUCAAUAACCUCGCCUCACGUCUCUCCUUAACAUCACAGUGGCUCCCCCACCCAAGGGCACCCUGCUCAGCCCCAGUGGGACAGCCACAGUCACCGGAUUUCCUAAAAGUUUACAUUGUUGAGGACGGUAGCAUUUUGGGGAUGAGGAGGGGGCGGCUCCCUUAGGGCCUGCCCCCCCAGCCCCAUCCACUCACGACUCUGUUUGUUUGUAUUAAUAUUUAUUUAUUUGGAGACGUUAUUUAUU